AUGCAAAGUUCACAUUCCUAUAUAUAUAUAUAUAUAAAUGAAAUCUUGGGCAUUGUUAGGUGGCAAAAGUGGAGUACGUGGUUCUUGGGAUACAGGGGUAGUGGGGUGUUGGUGAAGGAGAAGGAGCAGGUGAAGGUGAAGGCCAAGAUCGGAUCAGUAAUGGCAAGCUGCACUGUCCUAUUCAAAAUUAUUCUGGUCCUUCUUAGUCUCUCAGAUUCAGCUGUUCAUGUCCUCAGCCUGAGCUUCGGGAUCAACUAUGGACAAAUAGCCAACAACCUACCAUCUCCCUCAAGAGUCUCCGUCCUCCUCCAAACUCUAAACGUCAGCAGAGUGAAACUCUACGACGCCGACCCGAACGUCCUCCAAGCAUUCUCAAACUCACAAGUUGAUUUCAUCAUAGGACUCGGCAACGAAAAUUUGCAGAACAUGAAGGAUCCUCUCAAGGCCCAAGCUUGGAUCCAGCAGCACGUCCAGCCUCAUCUUCCCCAGACAAAAAUCACCUGCAUCACCGUGGGAAACGAAAUCCUCGGCGGAAACGACACUCAGCUCAUGUCGAAUCUCCUCCCUGCAAUGCAAUCUGUCCAUGGAGCUCUUGUUGAUCUUGGGCUCUCCAAGCAAGUUACUGUCACAACAGCACAUUCUCUUACGAUUUUGGGGAACUCCUACCCUCCUUCAUCUGGGAGUUUUAGGCAAGAUCUUGCUCAGUAUAUCCAGCCAAUUCUCAGUUUCCAUGCACAAGUUAAUUCUCCUUUUCUCAUAAACGCAUAUCCAUAUUUUGCUUACAAGGACAACCCUGGAGAAGUUCCAUUAGAGUACGUGCUUUUUCAGCCUAAUUCUGGCAUGGUUGAUUCAGUUACCAAUCUGCACUAUGACAACAUGUUGGAUGCUCAGAUUGAUGCUGUUUAUGCUGCCAUCAAGGCAAUGGGGCAUACCGAUGUCGAAGUGCGAAUCUCCGAGACGGGUUGGCCUUCGAAGGGGGAUCCGAAUGAGGCCGGAGCCACGCCGGAGAAUGCAGGGUUGUACAAUGGGAAUUUGAUGAGGAAACUUGAAGAGAGGAAAGGAACUCCGGCUAAGCCUUCUGUUCCAAUAGACAUUUAUGUUUUUGCACUUUUUAAUGAGGAUUUGAAGCCUGGCCCUGCAUCAGAGAGGAAUUAUGGGCUCUAUUAUCCUGAUGGCACCCCAGUUUAUGAUAUUGGCUUCAAGGGUUAUCUCCCUCAGCUAAUCUUUACUGCCGACUCAAAUAAAAAUAAUGUCCUGUCCAUCUUCAACUUUCUGAUCUUUCUUACUCUCCAACAUAUGCAUGAAGAAUUCCUCAAGAUUUUUCCAGGGCAAAAGGAGUUCUACAGUCUGACAGCUGAGUAA